UGGACUAAGGUUGCUUUGGAAUCGACACUGGGUUAUACUUCCGUCAACUCAGCGAUGGAAAACACUUUAUACAAUUGAUUUACACCGAUCGGAAACAAUUGAAAGACUGCGAAUUCGGCCAUCGCCGAGACCAAGUUUUACCGUUCCUAGAAAGUUUUAAAAGUGAUUUAAAAAUGUUGACGGCCACGAGUAACGUGACGAUUGAAUCGUUGGACAACAAAACUCUACCGGCCGAAUACAGGUGGAUGAAUUAUACGUUACUUCGCCAGGAGUGUCACAAGAAGCAUACCGAAUUAAAAAAGAUGUUAAAGGGACAGGAAGAUACAUUCUCAAAUGUGACGUAUAGAUCUAAGCGGGACAUUACCGAUAUAUUUAGAGUUCCUGGUACCAAAUGGUGCGGCAAAGGAUAUUCAGCCGAUAAAUAUACACGUUUGGGAGGAUUUUCCAGAACAGAUAGGUGCUGUCGAAAACAUGAUCUGUUCUGCCAUUUCUGGAUCGGAGGAUUUCAAACGAAAUAUGGAUUAUUCAAUUGGAGAUUGAAUACUUUAAUGCACUGUAACUGUGAUGAAAGAUUCCGAGCAUGCCUAAAGAUGGUCGGAACCAGUGAUGCCAACCUAGUAGGAAAACUAUUUUUUAACGUAGUCCAGACGAAGUGUUUCGUCCUCAAACCCAAGAAGAAAUGCGUGAGGACAUCGUGGUGGGGCAGUUGUGAAAAACACAAGAUGAUCAAGCAAGCCAUUCUGAAGAAUAAUAGACCCUAUUAAUAUGUAUCAAUGUUAGGCAAUAAUAUAAAAAAAGACCUAAAUAUUAAAAAUAUGUGUAAUUUACAGUAAUAGCUAUGCAUUUAGGCGUAGGUGUUAGGUCUUGAUAUUUAGGUCUUUUUCAAGUUAAUGUUAAAACAUUUAAUGUAAAUUCAAUUACGUCGGUUGUAGCAAUAAUUGUUCUGUAUAAUAUUUUCAACUAAGUUUUCUUUUAUUUAUUUCUUGAUUUAUAUCGAUUUUUUUCGAAAAUGUAGGUACUUAAAAGCAAAACUUAAUUUACAAAAAACGUUUUAAGGUCUCUGUUUAAUUUCAAAGGCAUCAGCAAUACAUUAUUGUCCAAUUCUAUUCGUAUUCAAGUGGAAGAUUCUUAAAAAGUCUGGAUAUUUCAUCUGGUUGUAUAAACAUCCAUUAUAGAAAUAAAUAAAUUUAUUUAUUGUACACAUCACUGCCUAGAAUAGAAGAUAAAACUAUCUUCUUUUUCUUGUAAGAUAGAAUCUCUAACUUCUUUCUAACUUAAUGAUAUUACGUUUAUGUCCAGUUCCUUAAUUUAAUGCAUUCAGAAAAUAUACAAAAAUGUACAACCUGGUAUCUCAAUCAAAAAUCUUCGGAUUGUCACGGUUUUUAACAGGACACUAUCUCCUCAACGAACACCUCAGUAGAUUUAAACUAAGAAGAAAAUAGACAUCUUAUCUGAUAGUCAAGCAACACUAAAAGCAAUCAACUCAGUAACCAUCAAUUCGAAAUUGGUCAUUCAACUAGAAAAACUGAACAAAUUUGGAAAAGAAAAUAAAGUCCUCCUACUCGGAGUACCGACCCACCAUAGGAUAGAAGAUAAUUAGAAAGCCAAUGAUCUAGGUAGAAAAGCAGCGAACGCUCCACUAACUGAACCAGAAUCGUUCUGCUUCCCAAGUGGAAACCAACUUAAAGCGGAACUCAAGAACCUGGAAGACUCCAUCCGUAACCUGGAAUGGGAAUCCUCCAACGGUCG